AUGGAUCACGAGAACGCGAUGGCUCACGCCAAGGCGCGGAAGCGUCCCCAAUCUGGAGCUUCCACUGCGUCCAUGCACAACGCCCAGUCCUCUAUGGACGGAUCUGGCUUUGCUGAUGCCGCUGCUUUAUACAGCGGUCAAUGGGUGCACACUGAUCACGGCCACCCGAAGGACAUGCAAGGUCACCAGCUUUCGCCUGAAGAUAUGAUUCUCCAGGCUGCCACACAUAUGCAGGCUGCAACCCACGAUUUCGGCAUGGAUGCCAGCAUGAGCGCUCCCAUGGGCCACCAUAUGCAAUACCAACAGCACCACCACCUCUCGAGACACCCACUGCCUACCGACCAGUACGCUGGAAAUGCAAGCUUUACCGAGGGCGAUAGUCAGAUGAUGGACCGUGAUGACAACGAGGAGGGUGAUUCGCUGGCGAGUGCCAACGGCACUGCCAAGGCGCCUACAAGAUCCUCAGCCAACAACGAAUUAGAGAUGCGUCAGCUCUUCGGCGCCAAUAAGCACCGAAACUUGCAAGAGGUUGCUGGUGAGCUGCACGGCAAUGAACGCGGUCCUAACUCUGAGCGUACCCGCCAAGUUUUCGCUAUGCUUUGGAUCAACUCUGUCUGCUCUAAGGGAAAGGGCUCUGUUCCUCGUGGCCGAGUAUACGCGAACUAUGCUUCGCGUUGCGCCACAGAAAGAAUCACGGUUUUGAACCCUGCAAGCUUUGGUAAGCUUGUCCGUGUUCUAUUCCCCGGUCUGAAGACGCGUCGUCUCGGUGUCCGUGGUGAAUCCAAGUAUCACUAUGUCAACUUUUCGCUGGUUGAUGACCAGCCUGAUCUUGCUGAGCCUCCCGCUCCUAUGCGAACUCUCUCUGAACCGAAACCAGUCACCCAGGGCUCCACUGCCGUGUCAAGAGCGCGGGCCAGCCCCAAGUCUUCUUCCCAGCAGCAGACAGACUCCUUACAAAAAGAUACACCGGCCACAAAAUCCUCCGGCCGAUCUCACAGCUUGUACAAUCAACCCGACCUCGCUAGCAUUGAUAAUAUUCAGUCUACUUCCACCAAAACUCUUCUCGAGCUUGAGUUUCCUUCAAGAGCCGAUGAUGGUCUUGACCCUGAGAUCCUUGCUCUCCCACAGAUCGACGCGUUCCUCCCCCCCGGAACUGACGCCGAUGCUGCCAAGUCCCUCUCGGCUUUGUAUAGAUCACACUGCACAUCUCUUGUAGAGUGCAUCCGAUAUUGCCGAGAGAAGACAUUCUUUCACUUGUACACAUCUUUCCAAGGUACACUUACCAUGCCUGUUCAAAAGCUCUUUUGCAAUGCAGCACUCGCUCCUUGGAUUGAAGGAUGCGACCUGGUUCUAUACCAGCGCAUGAUGCGCAUUAUUUCUGGAUUGACGCUGCAAGUCGUUCCCAAGCCUGUUUUGGAUACUUUGAGAAACAUUUCUGAGAGACUUGUCACACACAUUCGUGACUCGUUCCAAGGUCAGCCCCAACAUGUUAUUGCUGCCAAGGAAGGCCCUGCCGCUAUCUUUGCCGCUCUGCUGGAUAGAGCGCUGAGAGUCAACUUGACUGCCCAUGCUGCUGCCAACAUGCUUUCCAACCCUGCCAACCGUGACCAGAUGUACGUGGACUGGAUCACUAUGAUUCGAACCCGCAAGAUUGCCGAAGUCGUUCCUACACGCGGCAUGGAUGAUGUUGUGGACCUCUUGAUCAAUGAGAUGCGCGAUUUGCUAGACCCUAGCACUGUGCCUUGGGAGGUUGAAUGCUUGACUAUUUAUGGUGAUGUGGCUAGCCGAAGCACCAAGCAGCCUGACGCCGAGACAAGCGGAACCUCCACUGGACAAAAUGUCCUCGACCGAUGGGUCAACUUCCUGCACGCUCUUCCCAGCAAGUUCCCCUACGCUACGCACUCUGACAUUGUGUGGUGCGUGGAGCGUAUUGGUACAGCUGUCAUGCGCGAUCUCACCCUUGCCCAAGGCAAGAGUUUCGGCUCCUGGUGGGUGACCAAGACAUGGGUUGAUGAGAUGACAUGCUUCCUCGCCGAGCAAGGUGGCUUCUUAAAGAAGACCAGCACUCAAGUAGUAGCUGCCCCAGCGGCAGCCAGCUCUGCUGCGAGUACUAGCACCAGUCAACAAAACUCGCGCUACAGUAGCGUGAGUGAAGAUACAGGCAUGGCGAAGACCUCUCAUGCACAGCCCGGACGCGCUCCCUUUCCUCCACCCCCCACAGUAGCUGGCAACCAGCAGCCUGCUACUGGUGCCGACCCUCACGACGACAGUGGGAUCGGAAUCCGCACACCAGAGGAGGAGUUUCCCAUGGAGAAAUACACCUUUGCGGGGGCUGAGACGCCUUCGCUGAUGACUGGUGGUGAAUUAACGGCGUAA